GUCAGUAAUCAUGCGACACCAGUCCCUGUUAGCCGAUAUUGCACAUUUGGGAUAUACAUGAUAUUUAUAUAUUGCCGACAAAAGCUACUUUUCAUCAGAAUUGUUUCGAGAUCAUUUGAUGUUUUUUUCCUUAAUUCUUCAUGUCAGGAUAAACUAAGAAGCUUCCCGGGCUAGCUUAGCUUGCUAGCUGCUAACAAAAGAGACAAAGCGAAAGUGAUCGACACGUCGCUAAGUGUGCGUGUAAAGUGUGAAAAUGUGCAAAGUAGAAAUGCUGAGAGUGUUGGUGAAGCAGCGACUAACUGCUGCUGUGGAAGAAAUAUUUGUAGUGUUAGAAAGAACGAUAGCAGAAUACGAGGAGGAACUUUCUAGAACAAAAGAGGAGAACGAGCGACAACGUCAACUACUGGACGCUCUUUUCAACAAACAUCAACAAGCAGAUGUCAGACAAAAACAUAUUUCUCCUGAGCAAAAAGAGUGGAGCUCCAGCAUGGAAGAGGGGGAGCCACAGCCCCCUAACAUUAAAGAAGAGGAGGAGGAACAUCUCGAAGGACUGAAGGAGUUCCCGGUGAUUGUGAAGAGUGAAGAUGAAGACGAUGAAGAGGAGCAGAGAGAGGCGGAGAGACCAAGCAGCAGCUCAACAAGAGCAGGAGGAUCACAAGCAGACUUCGCUCCUCUGUCAGAUAGUGAGCACUCCACGUCUGCUGACACUGACCAUGAAGCUGCUCACACACGUCACGCUGACAACACACUCUUCAAAUGCUCUCACUGCGACAAAACGUUUGGCAAGAAGAGAAACCUGACGAGACACAUGAGACGUCACACUGACAACAGAUGCUGGAAGUGCUCUCAGUGCGGAAAAACAUUUAGCAAGAAGGGAAAUCUCACCGUGCACACAAGGAUCGUCCAUGCGGGCGAGAAACCUUUCCGCUGCGCCAUUUGCGGCAAACAGUUUUCCACCAAGUCCAACAUGACGACACACACGAGGACGCACUCUGGCGGCGCCGACAACGCACGCUUCCGAUGCUCCCAAUGUGACAAAACCUUCAUCGCCAAGGCUUUUCUCAUAAGACACAUGAGGAGUCACACCGGAGAGAAACCGUUCGCUUGCUCGGUCUGCGACAAAAGGUUCACUCGGCGCGAUUACAUGAAAAGACACAAAGUGAUGCACACCGGAGAAAAACCCUAUGGUUGCUCAAUCUGCGGCAGAGGUUUUUAUGUCAGCUCAGCUUUGCUUAAACACGCGAGAACGCACACGGGCGAGAAGGUGUCCAGUUGUAGUGUGUGAUCAAAGAUCUUCUCACAAGUAGCACUUAAGUUGCAGUGUGUGAUCAAAGAUCUUCUCACAAGUAGCACUUAAGUUGUAGUGUGUGAUCAAAGAUCUUCUCACAAGUAGCACUUAAAGGCCUACUGAAAUGAUUUUUUACAAUUUAAACAGGAAUAGCAGAUCCAUUCUAUGUGUCAUACUUGAUCAUUUCGCGAUAUUGCCAUAUUUUUGCUGAAAGGAUUUAGUAGAGAAAAUCGACGAUAAAGUUCGCAACUUUUGCUGGCUGAUAAAAAAAAGCCUUGCCUGUAGCGGAAGUAGCGUGACGUCACAGGAGCUAGUAUUCCUCACAAUUCCCCGUUGUUUACAAUGGAGCGAGAGAGAUUCGGACCGAGAAAGCGACGAUUACCCCAUUAAUUUGAGCGAGGAUGAAAGAUUCGUAGAUGAGGAACGUUACAGUGAAGGACUUGAGAGGCAGUGAUGGACGUAUCUUUUUUCGCUCUGACCGUAACUUAGGUACAAGCUGGCUCAUUGGAUUCCACACUCUCUCCUUUUUCUAUUGUAGAUCACAGAUUUGUAUUUUAAAGCACCUGGGAUACUAUAUCCUCUUGAAAAUGAGAGUCCAGAACGCGAAAUGGACAUUCAGUGCCUUUUAUCUCCACGACAAUACAUCAGCGAAAUGCUUUAGCUACGAGCUAACGUGAUAGCAUCUUGCUUUAACUGCAUAUAGAAACAAAAGAAAUAAACCCCUGACUGGAAGGAUAGAUAGAAAAUCAACAAUACUAUUAAACCGUGGACAUGUAAAUACACGGUUAAUGCUUUCCAGGCUGGCGAAGGUUAACAAUGCUGUGCUAACGACGCCAUUGAAGCUAACUUAGCAACCAGACUGCACAGAGCUAUGCUAAAAACAUUAGCUCUCCACCUACGCCAGCCAGCCCUCAUUUGCUCAUCAACACCCGUGCUCACCUGCGUUCCAGCGAUCGGCAGAAGGACGAAGGACUUCACCCGAUGCGUUUGGCGGCCCGGAGACGUAGGAAGUCAAGGUGAAGUCGACGGCUAGCGCGGCUAGCGCUCCAACAAAGUCCUCCUGGUUGUGUUGCUGUAGUCCGCUGCUA